AUGCUUUCUCGAAGACUACCCCUCUCCUCCCCUCAGACUUCUACCCUCGUCCGCGCCUUUACAACCUCUGCGCUCUGCAGAGAGCCCAUUCGUGUGCCUGGCCUGGGCGACAUCACCCCCGAAGGGAUAGAUGCCUUCAAUGCCAAACAAAAGGACUUCCGGGAUGGACUUGAAGCGGCCAAGAAGAGAAAGGAUCAAGCUGAUAGUCAGUUCCUCGCUACCUCUACAUAUUCCACAUCCCCCAGUGCAGCCGCCUCUGGCGUGUUUCGAUCCUUGGGCCUAGGCUCACUCUCUACCGCUCCUUAUGCAGAAGAAGCCAGACAGGCGGAAACAGAUACCUCGACCAAACGAGGGGGAAAGCUGUCCAGCUUCAUCUACGGUACUCCUGAGGGCCAACAACUAGACCAAGAGAUGGAGAGGUCGUUCUCGCAGGUGUUGGCUAGGGGUAAAUACGUCCACUCGAUCGUCUUUCACGACGUCAAGCCCGACAAGGUUGAUGAAUAUGUCGAUCUCGUGGGAAGUUGGUAUCCUAGGAUGGCAAACAUGCCUGAAAACAAGGUCCAUCUGGUGGGCAGUUGGCGGACUGAGGUUGGGGAUUGCGACACCUUCGUACACAUCUGGGAGUAUCAGCGCUACACCGGCUAUCACGCCUCAUUGCACAGCAUUUCCCAUCACCCAGAGUUUCCCGAGUUUGACAAGAAACUCAAGUCACUCAUCUACACAAAGAAGGUAUCACUGAUGCAGGAAUUCUCAUUCUGGCCCACCACACCACCACGGAAACUCGGAGGUCUAUUCGAGCUACGAUCAUACACGCUGCACCCUGGCAAUCUUCUGGAAUGGGAGACCCACUGGAGGAAAGGACUAAAAGCGCGACGCGAAGUGAUGGAAGGUGUGGGAGCCUGGUUCGUGCAGAUUGGAGAUCUGAACACUGUGCAUCAUCUGUGGCAGUUUGCCGAUUUGGAGGAACGAAAGCUGAGACGAGAACAAUCCUGGGGAGUUGAAGGAUGGGGCGAUACUGUCCACAAGACUGUGCCGCUCAUCCAAACCAUGAAGAGCAAGAUUCUCAUUCCUAUGCCCUGGAGUCCAGUGGGCUGA